AUGCGACCGGUCGCAUUCAUCGACGCUCGUUUUGAUGAUAUCCAGAAUGGUGAGAUCACCGCACGAUUCUCGUUGCACACUAUGAACGAUGCCAAAUUCUAGGCAACGGCAAUCGAUUCAGGCCCUCGGUUGCGCCAGGUCUUUCGCCAGUCCUGAGCGAUCUCCUAUCAGUAUCUGCUGCUUUCAGCAGUCCGCUUUUUCUCUUUGACGGUCGGGCCCUCCCAAUGGGUACGUGGCAAGUAUCGAUCGGCCGAGAGAUGGAUUAG